UAUAGAUAAAAACAUUAGGUUAUGUAGUGCUGUCAAAACAAAUUAUAUUCGAUUUAAUAAUCGCCAAUAAUCUUUGAUUAAAACGUAUAAUGGAACUUGGCGACCUAAUAUUAAUUCCGAAACUCGAUAAUGUUGCAUUAAUAGAUAAAAAUGGUGGAAAUAACAAAAGCAUAGAUGGGACACUGUGCAUUAGUAGUCACCAUCUUCUUUGGUCUUCGCGGCAAGGCGAUGGUCAAGAAUUUUGGUUACUGUAUCGAAAUAUUGAUCUUAUAGAAAAAAAAUUGAAUACACAAAGUCCAGGUGGUAGCAUCAUAUUAAAAUGUAAAGAUUUUCGUAUUCUUCAAUUGGAUAUUAAUUCAACAGAUGAUUUAACAAACGUUGUGUUAUCUAUAGAAAAAUUAACAUCACAAGAGCAAACUUUACAAUAUCCAUUUUUUAAUAGACCACAAAUAACUAAUAAUACUAUGGUACAAAUAGAAAAUGGAUGGAUUGCAUUUACUCCAAUAUCGGAGUGGUCCAGAUUAUUAACUGCUUAUGCAGAUGAAUGGCGUAUUAGUUAUUUAAAUAAAGAUUACAAAAUUUGCAAUUCUUACCCUUCUACUGUUAUAGUACCAUGUCAUAUAGAAGAUAAAAUUAUAAUAUCAUCUGCCAAUUUUAGAGAUGGUGGAAGAUUUCCAAUUUUAUGUUAUAGACAUGAAGGAGGGAGUAUCUUAUUAAGAAGCAGUCAACCAAUGUGUGGUACUAAUGGUAAAAGAUGUAAAGAAGAUGAAAGAUUGUUAAAUGCAGUGUUAGGACCAGGAAGACGCGGUUAUAUAAUAGAUACAAGGUCCAUCAGUCAAGCUCAAAGUUCCAGAGCUAAAGGUGGUGGUACAGAAAUGGAUGCUGCUUAUCCACAAUGGCGGAAAGUGCACAAAGCUGUUCCACGACCACAUGAUUUAGCUGAUAGUUUUUUUAAAUUAAUAGAAGCUUGUAAUGACAUAACGUGUUCUACUUCUCAAUGGAUCUCAAGACUCGAUAAUGGGGGAUGGUUAUCUGCUGUGCAAAGCGCUUUAAAUGCUGCUUGUGUAACUGCUCAAUGUCUUCAUCAAGAAGUUGCAGCUGUGUUAGUUCAUGGAAGUGCUGGUAGAGAUUCUACUUUAGUGGUAACCAGCCUGGCACAAGCAAUAUUAAAUCCUGAUUGUAGAACAGUACGUGGCCUUCAGGCUUUAAUUGAACGUGAAUGGAUACAAGCUGGCCAUCAAUUUUUUAGUCGCACACGUCAUGGACCAUAUCAUUCAUCAAAUUCACAAAGCUCAACACAUGCUCCAACUUUCCUUCUUUUUCUUGAUUGCCUGUACCAACUUCAUUACCAAUUCCAAUUUAGUUUUGAAUACACAAUAGAAUUGUUAAUUGAAUUAUACAAUCAUGCAUAUUGCUCUAAUUAUGGGACAUUUCUAGGUGAUUCAGAAGCAGAAAGAGAUAAUCUUCGAUUAUCUGAACGAACGUGUAGUCUGUGGUCAUAUAUAAAUCAACCGGAAAUAUUAGAGAAAUGGUUAAACCCUUUGUAUGAACCAAACUCGGGAGUUAUUUGGCCCAGCGUUGCACCUAUUAGUAUUCAGUUAUGGAAAGAACUUUAUCUUGCUCAUACAAGUGUUGCUCCAUGGAAAAAUUUGCUGUCAUGUAUGAAACAAAUAAAACAGAAUUACACGGCAGUGCGAAAUAUUGCCAGUCAAUUACAGAUUCAAAUUAAACGGGCCAUAGAAGAAAUGCGUUCAACACCUGAAACAUGUUAUGAAGAAGAAAAUCAAGAUGAGCAUACAUGUAUAGCACAGUUAAGCUUAGAAUCUCGAAAUACCUGA